UCCCAAAACCAGUUGGCGUUUGCAGUUCACAUCAUAUACACAGUUUGUUAGUAAUAGUAAUUUUUUCUUUUGCAUUUAUAACUUGCAACAGAUUCGUUGUUGUCUCUCCUUCUCACCUACUCUCUCCCUCUCUCUCAACAAAUCUCGUCUCUAGAACAAGAGAGAGGAAACAAUGUUCGAGAUACCUCGUCUUCCCUGAAAAUUGACUGUCGGAAUUGACCGUACGAUUCUGGGUAUUGUCUGAAACUAGUUUUAGAAUAAUGGGUAAUCGGUUUAUUUGCAUGACAAAGAAGGGGGCCAACGAAAAUGGUUCCAGGAGCAAGAGAAUGGGACGGUCUCAAAGGAAAAUGAUAUCUGAAGAGGAGUUCUUGCACAGGCAGGCUUUGUCUAUGGCUCUUCAUCAGCACCAGUUGUCUCAGAGGUUCGAAGGAUCCAUGUCGCGACGAAUCGGGUCCACGAGCUUCAGGAGACGCAAUCUCCCUGAUGACCCGCUCUCUAAUGAAAAACAAGCUCCGGAUUUUCUGCAAAAAAUUAAGACAAAAAAAUUUAUUCUAAUUCAUGGAGAAGGGUUUGGAGCAUGGUGUUGGUACAAGAACAUUGCUCUGCUGGAGGAGUCAGGUCUGUUUCCUACUGCCUUUGAUCUCACGGGUUCUGGUAUUGAUUUGACUGAUACAAAUAGCGUUGCUACACUGGCGGGGUAUUCAAAGCCAUUGAUUGAUUAUCUACAGAGCCUUCCAGAGGAUGAAAAGGUCAUUCUGGUCGGUCAUAGCAGCGGAGGUGCAUGCAUUUCUUAUGCAUUGGAACGUUUUCCACAGAAGAUAUCAAAAGCAAUCUUCCUUUGUGCUACAAUGGUAUCCAAUGGCCAGAGGCCUUUUGAUGUGUUCGCUGAAGAGCUCGGUUCUGCAGAACAUUUCAUUAAAGAAUCAAAGUUUUUGAUUUACGGGAACGGAAAAGACAAACCUCCCACGGGAUUCAUGUUUGAGAAAGAGCAAAUGAAAGGAUUAUAUUUCAAUCAGUCCCCAGCGAAGGAUGUUGCUUUGGCCAUGGUAUCCAUGAGACCCAUCCCACUCGGUCCAAUCAUGGAGAAGCUAUCAUUAACCCCUGAAAAUUAUGGAAGUGGACGGAGAUUCUACAUACAGACACUGGAUGAUCGUGCACUUUCACCAGAUGUCCAAGAGAAGCUUGUGAGGGAAAACCCACCCGAAGGAGUUUUCAAGAUUAAAGGCAGUGACCACUCUCCCUUCCUCUCAAAGCCACAAUCCCUGCACAAAAUUUUGAUUGAAAUUGCUCAAAUUCCGUAGCUUAAUUAUCAGGAAACUACUCCUUUUUUUUUUCUUCUUCUUCUUGUGUUAGUUUUCCCCUUCUAACAAAGCAAAAGGUAGUUGAUUGCUUUACAAUUGGAAAUGUAUGUGGAAUAUGUAGGUCCUGUUGGCCGAUACAUCCUGCUUUUACCAUUUCGAAAAUGGAUGUAAGAUGAAAUGUAUUGUCUUUAAAAAAAAAAAAAAUUUAAUCACGCUAUCUAUCA